GACAACUUCAAACAAUGUCUCACACCUCACACUCUAAACCCUCCACAAAAUGGCCGCUCCUCGGCUCCCCUUUCUAUGGCCCAUGCUAUGGAGGCCACAGAAUGCGCCCCGUACGCACGCCCGCACACGCGCGCCACAUUCAAAACGCACACUCGCAACAACGUCAUACCGCUGCGUCGAAGCUCCCAUACAACGAUACGGCAAGGCACAUGAGCCUGCACCACAUUUGCGCGAAGAGAUUGAGAAGAAAGACCCUAUCCCACCAAAGAUCCCACACGACCCAGCCAAAGACGUCGAAGAGGAGGACGACGAACUCGACACUCACGUCCCCACCGAGACCCCAUCUACACCCUCUCAGACGAGUAGUGUAGACACACCACCACCACCAUACACACCCCCCGCACCUCUGAAAACGGGCGACGCGAAACCGCUGGACAGCGUGCUGCACAUGCCCGGUCCCUCAGACGAAGCGCACAAACCGCCGCACCUGAAAACGCCGCCGUAUGUGCACCAUUUUGACACAUACGGGCUGGUCAGGCAGUUGGCGAAGAGCAACUAUACGGAUCAGCAGAGCAUCACAUUGAUGAAGGCCGUGCGCGGCAUAUUGAUAGAGAACAUGAUGCUCGCGCGGCAAGGCCUGGUGUCAAAGUCGAACGUGGAGAACGAGACGUAUUUGUUCCGAGCGGCGUGUGCGGAGCUCAAGACGGAGAUUGGCAACUCGAGACGCGGCGAGGUUGAGCGUAUGCGCACGGAGCGAAACCAACUACAACACGAAGUCGACAUCCUGGGGCAGAAACUUGGGCAGGAGACGGGGAGUGUGAAGGAUGAGCUCAAGGGCUUGUUUGAUGACAGGAAGAUGGCGGUGCGGCAGGAGCAGAGGAGCAUGGAGACCAAGAUCCAAGAACUCAACUAUCAGAUAACCGUCAAGUUGAACUCGGAUGCACGCUCCGAAGUCGAAGGGCUAAGAUGGGUGCUUACGAGGCGGAUAGCAAUGGGUAUUGCGACCAUGGCCAUGAUGGUCAUUAUACUGCUACAGCUCAACAGCAGCAGAAAGCAUGAGCAGAAGGAGGAGGAGAAGAAGAAGAAGAAGGCCGAUGGAGCGAACAAACCGCCCCCGCAUGAGCCGCAAAAUCUGAGCAUGAGCAACAUCACCUCGGUCAACACGGCUGGGCAGGAGGAAGCACUCGGUGGGGAGCUGUUGGCUACUGAGGGCGUGAGCUUGGGAUAGUGUCCGAUGUACAAGACCUCAAACGUAGUCGUGGUCACAUCAAAGAGCAAAAACACCUAAACAAGACACCAUU